UAUAUGUUUGCUCAAGCGGCAGAGAUCACUCCUGCUUGCAGUAUUCUCCCAGCUGAUACUGAAGAUGUGGUAUUAGCAAUUAAUAUUAUACGGGAAGCUGGAGCUACAUUUGCUGUCAAGUCUGGUGGCCACAGCACUUAUAGUACUGGUUCAAAUGUUGAAAAUGGUAUCAUUAUUAAUUUAAGUCAACUAAAAAACAUUAGUAUUUCUCAAGAUCAAAAGUCUGUUACUGUUGGAAGCGGCUGCAGAUUUGGCGAUGUUUAUAGAAAGCUGGAAGACUUGAAGCUUGGCUGUGUUGGAGGCAGGGUUUUGAGCGUUGGGGUCGGAGGGCUUCUUUUGGGAGGUGGUAUUUCUUUCUUUUCUUCCGAAAGAGGCCUUGCGUGCGAUAACAUCAUAAGCUACGAGCUCGUUCUCAUCACCGGCAAAGUACUAAAAGUUACUCGGGAAUCAUAUCCUAACUUAUUCUGGGCUAUGAGAGGCGCCGGCUCAUGUUUUGGAAUUGUCACCCGUUUCGAGCUCAGAACUUUCGAAAUGGGAAAGAUUUGGGGAGGCACUCGAACAUACGCUCAUGAGCAUGAGUCGGCAGUCCUUGACGGCUUUGACAAAUUUGUUCAAACUGGAGCCGCAACCGAUCCUCUGGCACAGGCCUACAUCGUUGGAACCGAUGCUGCAAAAGAUGGUAAUUGCAUUUAUAGUGUGAUUAUGUCGCAUGGAAGUCCCGAAGAACCGCCGGUUUUUGAUGACUUUAAGCAGAUUAUACCGCUUGAAACCACGACUCAAACUCGUACCCUGCAAGACCUUUGCGACGAGCUUGAUACCCACAUGAAACCCGGUAUCAGGUAUUAUAUCUUCGCUUUGUCCAUCAAGAAUGAUCGGGACACAUUGAAGGAAAUUAUCAAUCUUUAUACCGAAGGAGCGUUGCUUUUAAAAGACCAACACGACUUCGCACCAGCAUUCGUAUGCCAACCCCUGCUUCCAAGCAUGCUGCCAAAGGAUGACAUCGGUAAUGCAAUGGGAAUUAAGCCUGAAGAUGGGCCAUUGAUUCUAUUCACUCCUGUUUGGAGGUGGACCGAAAAAGAGCACGAUGAUUCAAUCCACAAGGCAGCAAAUAUAUUCAUGGAAAAGGCUGAAAAGGCUGCUCGAGCCCGUGGCACAUUCCACAGAUAUAAAGUUCUCAACUAUUCUACCGGGCAUCAGGAUGUUUAUGGUGGAUAUGGCGAAGAAAACAGGAAGCGCCUUCUGGAGAUAAGAAACAAAUAUGACCCGGACGAUAUUAUGUCAAAGCUUCGUCCCGGUAUCAUACAGCUUCUCCCUAACAAUAACGCUGGUAAACAUGGGAGAAAUAUGUAACUUGUCUUUACAUGACUUUUACGCUACUUCUGUAUCGUCAUGUGAUCCCUUUCAGAAGUACAUAGCUAUACGUAGGUAUCUGCUAUUCUAUGCCCUGCUACUUCUUGUAUCUGUCGAUUGCCAUGGAUACUCUUGCGCUUGAGGACUGCCUUCAUGGCCUUCAACCCUAUCAGAGAUUGUUUGAGUAAUAACGGUGGACACCGGAAUAACAUUUCUGUCAUCCCUCUGCGACCCUUCCCAUCCGAUUGGUUGCGGCGAUGAUGUGACAAUUUCCGGUAGCUUAUACUGAUACUGUUCUCGGUGGCUCCACGUAGGACUAUUUUCUCGUUCUUUUAAAGCGUAGUCUCUUGGUGGAACUGAAAAGCUUCUUGGGCGGAGAAGCGACAUGGAUCGAAGAGAAGAGUAUAAUCUGC